AUGGUAACAUCUAUAACUCCAGGAACCUCCGCUACCCAAGUCAUGGCAAAUUCCGCUGGCCUUAACUUCAUCAAUGUAGUGGGUUCUGUUUGUGGAGCCCAGGCUUUGAUGAGUGGUUCAAACUCCACGCUGGGCUGUAUGCAGCUGCAGUUGCAAUUCUUGCAGCAUCAAAUGGCUAUGGCAGCAGCGGCGGCACAAACAGGUAUUACUGAAGUCUUCAAUUGA